GCCAGACAGACAAAAACAGUUGCUCUUAGGAGGCCCUGGACAACGCGUACUUCUGGUUUCCAUCUGUGAACAGAAGCUGCAGCACUUCAAGUGGGAGCAGAGACAAGCAAGGUUUUGAGGUCCCAAUUAGUGCUGACUCCCUGCCCGUCCUCUGCUUGGGAAUGGCCUCAGCUGCUCCAUCUCCUGAUCCAAGUUUGGAUACCGAGUGGGAGGAAUGGAAGAAGAAAUUUGGAAAAACCUACAGCCCGGAUGAAGAACGACACAGAAGAGCAGUGUGGGAGGAGAGUAAGAAGACAAUUGAGGCGCACAAUGCAGACUAUAAGCAGGGCAAGACCAGCUUCUACAUGGGCCUAAAUCAAUUUAGUGACUUGACUACAGAAGAAUUCAGGAGGAAUUGCUGUGGAAGCUUAAUGUGUAGAGGAAAAACGACUCAUGAUUUGCCCAUACCUGAGGAUUUGGGAAAGAACAGCUCUCUGACACCUGAGAGGGAUCAGAUUAAUCUCUGGAAUCUUACUCUUCCAUGCUCUCCUGCCUCGUCACUUCUAAGGACAAGCGAGUCUGUGGGGCGUGUUUCACAUUCAAAGCACAACAGGUCACUUACCCAGCCUGCUGGUGCAAUCUCCAUGCACCCAGACAUUGCUCAUAACAUGCAGUUCAUUCAGAGUAUCUGCCGGGUGAGCUGUCUGAAUCUUGCCCACCAACAUCAUCGCAUAUUCAUCAUCCAAUAAGAAGCUCACACAGAAGAUUUGCUGGGUAUGUUCUAUAGAACCUUGCCCAUUGGUGCCAUCUCCACACUUCUAGGCCUAGUUCUGUUCACACAACUCCUGUACUGGCUCAGCCUGAGGUCUAGAAUCUCAUGUCAGACCCACAAAAAAAAGGAAGACUGUAAGGCGACAUCACAAAAGCAUGAACAGUACCAGAGGCCUCCCUUAAAUACCACCAGUUUUGUGCAGUGCUCUUCAAUGAAAAUUACCAAGAAGAAACACAUCUUGAAGAAUUUAGAAAGGGGCUGGGGAUUUAGCUCAGUGGUAGAGCGCUUACCUAGGAAGCGCAAGGCCCUGGGUUCGGUCCCCAGCUCCGAAAAAAAGAACCAAAAAAAAAAAAAAAGAAUUUAGAAGAGUAACCAUAAGCAUGAUAAAGGAAUUCAAGGUGUUUAAAGAAGACAUGUAAAAGAUAGAAAUAAAUGUUCAAGUGAUGCACAAGAAAACAGAAAUGUGUGACUGAAUGAAAUGAAAAAGACAAUUCAGAAAUUGAAAA